GUGGGGGUCCCGGCGGGCCGGCGCGAGCAGGGGGUCGGGGGGCUCAGCCCCAGCACCCCCUACUCCGUCCGGGCCCGCGCCCGCCCCGACGGGCUCAGCUACGGCGGCUUCUGGAGCCCCUGGUCCGCCCCGGCCAGCGCCACCACCGGCCCCGAGCUGGACGCGGUGACCCUGGGGCUCUCCUGUCUGCUGGUGCUGCUGCUGCUGGGACUGGGAGCGCUGGGACUGCUGGGACACCGCCGGACGCUCCGGGCCAAGCUGUGGCCGCCGGUGCCGGGCCCCGAGCGCGAGUUCGAGGGGCUCUUCAGCAACUACGGCGGCAACUUCCAGCUGUGGCUGUGCCAGGGCCCGGGCUCCCCCUGCGCCCCCCCCUGCGCCCCCCCCCCCCCCCCGGAGCUCGAGGACGCGGUGGAGGAGGUGGGGGGGGGAGGGGCGGCUCAGGGAGGGGGCGGGGCCUCGGAGGCUCCUCCCCCCUCUCCGGCCCCGCCCCCUCCGUGCUCCGAGACCCCUCCCCAGGGCCCCGCCCCCGCCUCAGGCCCCUCCCCCUCACCCAGUUUCGAGUACACGCUGUUCGACCCCGGCUCCGCCCUGCUCUGCCCCUCCCCCCGCCAGCCCGGCCCCGCCCCCUACGCCAACCUGGCCCCGCCCACCAAGGGGGCGGAGCAGAAAUGGGCGGGGCACGCCCCGCAUUACGUCAUCUGCUCCUGAGGAGGGCGGGUGACGUCACGGCGACUAUGACGUCAUCAUCGUGGAAGGACCGUGUCGCUGCGAUGACGUCACGUUGUAUGAGAUGACAUCAUAUGGAAAUUAUGGGCGACGUCAUCAAGCAAGGAAUUUUCGGGAUGACGUCACAGGCGGCCAUGGUGACGCGGCUCUGUGAUGUCACACGCGGAAGGGACAAUGACAUCACGAUGCAGGGGGCAGGAUGCGGUGAUGUCAUCGCAGAGGGGACAUGUCUCAGUGACGUCACACAGGAGAACAGUGACGUAAUCACAUGGGGACAAGUUGCAGCAACAUCACACCCAGGAACAAUGACGUCAUCAAGGAGGGACACAUUGCAGUGACAUCACACGGCAAGGACAGAUGAUGUCACGACACGGGGGAUGCAAACACGGUGACGUCAAGCAGGAGAACAAUGACGUCAUCACAAAGGGGACGCCUUGCAGUGACGUCACACUCUGGAACGAUGACGUCAUCAUUGGGAGAGCGCAUUGCACUGACAUCAUACGAAAGGGGCGGAUUACGUCACAAUGGAGGGGUCGCAACAUGGUGACAUCAUACGGGAAGACCAGUGACGUCAUAGCAUCACAGCGAUGUUGCACGCCGGAACUAUGACGUCAUGAAGGAGGGGACACGUCACAGUGAUGUCACAUGGAAGGGGCUGAUGAUGUCACAAUUGAUGAGGACUUGCAAGAAUGACGUCACAGUGACAUCACACAUGAGAACAGUGAUGUCAUCGUAAAGGGGAUGCAUUGCAGUGAUGUCACACUCCAUAACAAUGACGUCACCAUUGGGUCCAACACAUCAUGGUGACAUCACAUGGACUGGACAGAUGGCGUCACCAUGGAGGGGCACAUGGCGAUGACGUCACAUGGGGGGGCACAGUGACAUCAUCACACAAGGGGGACACGGAGCAGACACGUGACAUGGUGACGUCAUCGCAGAGGGGACACGUGACACAAUGAUGUCACACGGGGGUCAGUGACAUCACCGCAGAGGGACACGUGAUACGAUGACGUCAUCACAGACGGACACGUGACACCAUGGCCUCACACAGGGGCGUGGCGUCAUCACACGUGACACGAUGACGUCACGCAGGGGUGUGGUGACAUCACACUCGAUAUGGUGACGUCACACAUGGGCGCAGUGACAUCACACGUGACACAAUGACGUCACACAGGGUGUAAUGACGUCACGGCAGAGGGAUGGGGAGGGCGCACGGAAUCGGGGCUGGUUUGGGGUUUUUAAUGAUUUUGUACAAUAAAGGCGACCCUGGGAACCAGCACGGCCAAACUGGGAGGGACUGGGUGAUACUGGGGGGUAACUGGGAGGGACUGGGAAAUACUGGGAGGGAGUGGGAGGAACAAUGGGGACACUGGGGGGUAACUGGGAUGAUACUGGGGGAUACUGGGAGGGACUGGGAGGAGCAAUGGGGACACUGGGGGACAC